GAUAGAUGCGCGGGGUCGACGAGUUUUUUUUAAAACCUUCUUAUCAUUCUCUCGUUCCUCCGCGUUCGUGGCUUUACACCCUUGUUUGUUUCUCGGGAAAAUUUCCCAGGUAAACUAAUUAAUACCUUUUCUCUCCAAAAAGAAAAGCCUUCUCGACCAAGAAAAUAGAAUCCCCCACACGCGUCGAUAGAAAUUCGACUCUUGAAUACGCAAACAAUCCUCCAUAUUCGUUCCAAUAGUUUUACGUCAUUACGAUUAAUUUUGUUUUCCCUUUCUUUUCUCUGAAAUUCUGCGAUUCUAGGGUUUCGGAAAUCCGAGUUGGAUUGUUGAAUAGUUAGCGGCGAUAUGAAAUUUGGCGAAACGUUCAGAGAAUACCAGCUGAAAGAGCAGGAGGGAUUGAAGGAUAAAUGCUCUUAUGUCGAGUAUAAGCGAUUGAAGAAAGUUUUGAAGAGCUGUCGGAGUUGCAAACCUUUGCAGGAUGUUUGUGACGAUGAACGGGAAGCUGCGAAUCAACAUAUAUGUCAAUGUCAAUCCUGUCCAUUGUGUGACGAAACAUUCUUCUCAGAGCUGAUGAAGGAAGCCUCGGAUAUCAUUGGAUGUUUCAGUUCAAGAGUCAGACAUCUCCUUCAUCUUCAUAUUUCGAGCGGAAUGCAGAGAUAUUUAUUGCAACUGCGUAAAUGUUUCAGGAAUGACCAACAAGCUAUGGUUGAAGAAGGAAAGAUGCUCAUUGAUUAUGCUGCAAUGAACGCCAUUGCAAUUAGAAAAAUUCUUAAGAAGUACGAUAAGGUACAUAGCUCUGAAAAUGGCAAGAACUUUAGAUCCAAGUUGCAGUCUGAACACAUUGAACUUUUGCAAUCACCUUGGCUUAUAGAAUUGGGUGCUUUUUGUCUCAACCUUAAUGGAUCGGAUGACAGGGAACUUCAUGAAAUAUCUGGUCAGUUUUCAUGCGAUCUCAAUGCAAUGCCACCUGUAAUGAAAAUGCCGCUUCCAGAUUCUAGAAAUCUGGACUAUGAUCUAACUUGUGCCAUUUGCUUGGACACCGUUUUCAAUCCAUAUGCUUUGACCUGUGGUCACCUGUUUUGCAAGUCAUGUGCUUGCUCGGCGGCUUCUGUGUUGAUCUUCCAAGGACUAAAAAAUGCAAGCCAAGAGGCAAAGUGCCCAAUUUGCAGAGAGGCUGGAGUUUACACUAAAGCAGUGCACAUGUUAGAACUAGAUCUGCUUGUAAAAAGAAGGUGCAAAGACUAUUGGACGGAGAGGAUGGCUGCAGAAAGAGUGGAGGUUCUGAAACAAACCAAGGAAUUCUGGGACUUACAAACCAAAUACAUGAUUGGAUAUUGAUGCUUUCUUCUUCUUUUAGUUUAGCACAUAAAGCACCAAAUGGGACUCAAUAACAACAAAAGAUGGUAUUGUGGCCUGAUGCAAAUAUUGGAAUGCUCGGUAAAGCUGGUUGAUCUCCACAGAUUAAAGUCCCAUAAAACCACCUAAUUGAAGCUUAAAUUGAAACAUUUCGUUUCUGAUUGAAGAACAUUUUCUUCGCAGCUCAUUUGGAUAGUUUUGAUCCCCAGUUCAAUCCUUUAUGAUAGUGAUCUUAGUUGCUCAGCAUAUUUCUUUUACGCUUUACAUUCGUUAUUUGUUUUGGUUGCUGAGGAUAUAAAGGGAAAAGAAAAUAGUGUG